AUCAAUAAUUAUAACCAAAUUUUACACUAUCAUCAAAAUUAUUGAAGUCUCGCGAGUCACAAUUUAUUAAUUUACGUGAAAUCUCUAUCGUCGUCAUAACCACCGUUCUUAUAAAUUUUUCUAGACUCCCAAAUACGUGUUGUAACUGUUGUACAAAAUGACCACAGUCAAAAGUAAAACCUUUAAGUGGUCAUUAGAUUUUACCAGAAACAAACAUGAAAAAUCAACUGACAAUGUUAGUCCACCAGGAUAUAGUCAAUCAGCUGGACAAAAUGGUACUGAACUGACUAAAGACAGUGAAUCAAGUCGACUAAUUAUUAAAAAAUCUUGGGAUUUAGCCUUAGGACCACUAAAACAAGUACCCAUGAAUUUAUUUAUUAUGUAUAUGGCCGGAAACUCCAUUUCCAUAUUUCCAAUCAUGAUGGUUGGUAUGUUGAUAGUAAGACCAGUUAAAGCAUUAUUUACAUUACAAACGACAUUUAAAACCAUUGAAGGAACUCAAGCAUGGGGUCAAAAAUUUAUAUUCUUCAUUGGAAAUUGCGUUAAUAUUGUUUUAGCGUUAUAUAAAUGCCAGUCUAUGGGUUUAUUACCAACACAUGCAUCAGAUUGGCUUGCAUUUAUCAAUCAACCUACUAGAAUGGAAUACUCUGGAGGUGGUUUUGUUUUAAGUUAAUCAAAAAUACAAUUAAAAGAAUUUAUGAGCUAUAUUAUGAAACUGAAACGACAAAUAACUGCCUCGUGUAGAAAUUGUGAUUAUAUUUCAAAGUUUUUUUUAUAGGUAUAAUAUGUGUAUUAAAUCAUUUAACAACAUAGCAUAUUUUCGAUAAUUUUGUAUAAUUGCCACAUUUUUUAAAUUAAAUUAUUUAAUCUAAUAAUUUUAUAGUAGUAUAACAUUUAUAACAUUUAAUAAAUGUAGCAUGUGUAAUAUUUAAGAAUCCAAAAACAGCUAAAGUAUAAUGAAAAUAUUAGUUCAAGGGUGCCUUUAAAAAUAUGUAUUGCAUAAUACUUAUUAAUAUUUUAAUUCUUGUGUAUUUUUACUUUAUAUUACUAUUAUAUUUUGGUAGAAAUUAACUGUUUUUAUUUUUUAUUAUUGUGGCCUUUAUCUUAAUAUUCAAUUCAUUUUAGUAAAAUACAUUUUCAUUGAAUUUGGUUA